CGCAGCGAUUGAGGAGCGUGAAAUGAGGGCGGGCUUCAUCCUUUCCCUCUCCCUGUCGGCCAUCUUACGUGCACCAUGCCAACAGCAGCAGCAGCAGAAUCAGCAGCAGCAGCAGCAGAAUCGCCGCACGAAUCAAGAUGCCCACCAGCCUCAGCCUGUGGACCCCGACAAGGAGCACGAGAACAGCGUCAACGAUGUGGCCGAAUGGUACGGCCUCCCGCCAUUCCCGCCACACGACACCCAGCACAAGCCGCCCAGGAACCAAGUGGCCAAGGCGGGCAGCUCACUCGCCUCACCCAGACACACCGUCCUGCAGGGCGUCGGGUGAGCCGAGCGAGCAAUGGAACAGAUGGACAGACAGACAGACAGACGCUACAGCCUGUGGUGUGGUGUGGUGUGCUCACACCACGUAUUGUGUGGAGUGUGGUUCAGUAAGCUUCAGUGUGCCCCGAAGAAUUCGCCGUGCAGUGCGGACCUGCAGUGCUGCUCGAGGGUGUGCAAUGAUGAAGUCUGUAAGUGGUUAACAGAUGGAUGGAUGGAUAGAUGGAUGGACUGCAUGCUCUCUCUCUCUCUCUCUCUGUGUGUGUGUGUGUGUGUAUGUGUGUGUGUGUGUGUGUAUGUGUGUAUGUGUGUGUGUGUGUGAAGGCUACGGUGCUCCAUGGGGUCGGCACUAUGCAUCCGAGGAAGGCGAGCCGUUCACAAUCGAGGACCUGCCCCCCGCACCAAACAGCACCACACACGACAGCACCAGCAAAGGAGCCCACGACAUGGACAAAGACAAACAAGAGCAAAUCAGAGAGGUGGGCUGUUCCGCCCUGUAUGUGGAUGGGAUGAUUGGUGUGGUGGAUGGUGUGGUGUGCAGGUGAUAAUCCCCGACCCUGUGGUGGCUUCCCUGCCGUCCGUACCAUUAGAGAAGGACACCCCCGACACACGUGCGGCCGGGCUGCGUCAGCUGCACAAGAGCGUCAACGUGGCCCUGAUGGGGAUCCUCACCCAAGGCAAGGCCCACGGCAAGUUCCUGCGCAGCUACAUGACCUUCUUCGACAGACACCCACGUAACCCGGAGGUCGAAAACCUGAUGGACGAGCAGCAGGGGAAGGACAACAUGGACAUCGACAGUGGGCAGAACGUGACGCUUUCCUACUCGCUCUCCCGUUUCAUGCCCUCCACCUUCUCCCUUGCCGGACGCCCACGGCUCUCCGCAGCCCUCCUGCGCGCAUGCCCGCCCGUCAAUCCCGACAACGUCGCACGGCUGACGUACCCACCGAGGAAGGCCCUCACCGGGCGCAUGAAGCGCAUCGUGGAUAGCGGCCGGCUGCGGGUGGCGGGGCACUUUGGCACGCCGCCAUUGGCCUUUCUGGUGCCGCACAAGGCGGACGGGAGUGCGUUGGCGAAGAAGAGUGUCGACGCGGCCACGGAGGGUCUGGGGGUGUGGGGGUUUGAGGUGGGGCUGGCACAGGCGAUUGCUCGGGAGUGGAGCGAGGCCUACAACGCCACCAUUGAUGUGGACUUCAGUGUGGUCAAGGGCAAGAGGGCUAUCAUGACCAAGAUGAGAAGCGUCACACCCCUGCAGGUCAGGUGAACGAACAAAGAGACCGCUAGAAACAAAGAAACAAACCCAGCAGACACACACAGAGAUGGAUAUCCCCCCCUCCCUCCCUCUCUCUGUUUGUGGUUGUGGUUGUGUGUGCCGUGGGGCGGGGCGGUGCGUGGUAUGGACAGUCGAGUCUGCAGGCCGACACAGCGGAUUUGACUCUAGGAGGUCUGCGUCUGCUGUCUCAGGCGCAGCAGGACCGCCUGGACGUCCAGGCCACGUGCCCCUUCCUCAAGGGGCCGGCGGGCCUCGCACUGCUGCUCUCGCCACAAUACAAGUAAAUAAGUGACCCGGCUGCAGACUGAUGGACACAAACCACACCAUAGCAGCCGGCCCUCUGUCUGCCCUUCUGUGUAUGCAUCGCGAGCAGGGAGGCUCAUGGCUACAUCAGUGAGGCGCUGGUUGCGUCUCAGAAUUCGACUGACGGCGAGCUGGUGGUGGAGCGGCUCAACAGGACAGGCAUGACAAUGGGAGUCGUCAACGAGGAAAGCUACGAAUUCCACCUACUCAAGGCCAUACUACCGCACGUCAGUAAUCCCCCGCCGCCCCCCGACAGACACAGACACGUUUGCAGAGAGAGAGAGAGACGCAGAGGCUCCAUGCAGCAUGAUUGCCCGUGGUGUGGUGUGUAUGUGCAGCUGCGUGUUGAUGCGUAUGCCAGCGGGAGUGCGAUGCUCGAGGCCCUGUCCGCAGGGGCCAUCGAUGCAGCAGUGGGGGAAAUCACAGCUCUAUCCACUUUGAUCAAGGUAGUACAGUGUGUGUCCCUCGUGUGUGUCACAUGACGUGAUGUGUGUCCCUCCCUCCCUUGUGUGGUGUGUGCAGCUGGAGGUGGAGGAGAAGGACAGGAUAUGUCCUCGUAAGGACUGUCGGCAGAACCUGCUGCUGCUGCCGCCUCUCGCAAAACGCAACGACGUGCCCUACGCCUUCUACAUGGCACACCUCGGAUGAGAGAGAUGACCGACGGGACGGAUGUCUCCUGAGACACCCCCAGCGACCAUGUGGUCUGUGCGGUCGCAUCUGUAGCUCGGUGAGUGACUUUUGUGUGCGUAGCGGUAGCGUAGCUAGGCCCCUCCCUCCAUCCCUGUCGGCCAAAACGGUCCCUACCCUGUGUGUGCGUCACUUCGCGCCCAUGUGAGUGACUUUCUCCUCCGUCGCGUGCACAGAAUCACAUUGGGGCUAGCUAGAUGAUCGAGGGUGCUCAAUUCGUGAGUGAGAUAGAUUCCUUUCUCUCUCUCUCUCUUGUCUCAGUACCUACCUACCGCACACACCGGUUUUCAACCUGCCUGUCUUGUUUGUCGGUCUGUCUGUCUAUCUGUCUGUUUGCCUGCCUGAAUGGACGAGCGUCUAAUUACUUCCGCG